UCCGGGUUCGGCGGCAGGAGGAGUGGGGCGCCGCCGGCGCAGCAUGAGGCGGGUCACGCUGUUCGUUAACGGCAGUCCCCGGAACGGGAAGGUGGUGGCUGUGUAUGGCACGCUGUCGGAUUUGCUGUCUGUGGCGAGCAAUAAGCUGGGAAUCAAAGCAACCAGUGUUUACAAUGGGAAAGGUGGUCUCAUCGAUGAUAUUGCUUUGAUUAGAGAUGAUGAUGUUCUGUUUGUCUGUGAAGGGGAACCGUUCAUUGAUCCUCAGACCGAUGCAAGACCUCAUGAAGAGCUAACAGGGGCACACACAGACUGGUUAACACUUAAUGUUGGAGGUCGAUACUUCACCACCACACGGAGUACUUUGGUUAAUAAAGAACCUGACAGUAUGUUGGCCCACAUGUUUAAAGAUAAAGAUGCUUGGGGAAAUAAGCAAGAUCACAGAGGAGCAUUCCUAAUUGACCGCAGCCCAGAGUAUUUUGAGCCUAUUUUGAACUACUUGCGUCACGGGCAGCUCAUUGUAAACGAUGGCAUCAAUCUGCUCGGUGUUUUGGAAGAAGCCAGGUUUUUUGGUAUCGAUUCAUUAAUUGAACAUCUAGAAAUAGCUAUUAAGGUAACUUGCUUGCUUUUAUACAUGGAUGUGCAUGUCCUGCUCUUCCAGGCAAUACAUAAUUUAGUCCUAUCCGUAUUAGCUUCUAAACAACUCUCUCAACAGAACUCACAGCCAGCAGAGGACCACUCUCCUAUAUCUCGAAAAGAGUUUGUGCGAUUCCUGCUGGCAACCCCAACCAAGUCUGAGCUGCGAUGCCAGGGUCUCAAUUUCAGCGGAGCAGAUCUUUCACGACUAGAUCUUCGGUACAUCAACUUCAAGAUGGCUAACCUGAGCCGCUGCAACCUCGCACAUGCCAACUUAUGUUGUGCAAAUCUUGAAAGAGCUGACCUCUCUGGUUCGGUGCUCGAUUGUGCAAACCUCCAGGGGGUGAAGAUGUUGUGUUCCAAUGCAGAAGGAGCAUCUCUAAAAGGGUGCAAUUUUGAAGACCCAUCAGGCAUUAAAGCUAAUUUGGAAGGUGCUAACCUGAAAGGUGUUGACAUGGAAGGCAGUCAAAUGACAGGAAUUAAUCUCAGAGUUGCAACACUGAAAAAUGCCAAACUAAAGAACUGUAAUCUUAGAGGAGCAACUUUAGCAGGAACUGAUUUGGAAAACUGUGAUCUUUCAGGUUGUGAUCUACAAGAAGCUAAUUUGAGGGGAUCUAACGUGAAAGGAGCUAUUUUUGAAGAGAUGCUGACACCUUUGCACAUGUCUCAGAGCGUCAGAUAAGGAAGAGAACAUGCUAAAGACAAAGGAGUCAAAACAUGGUGACUUUCUUCAUGUCCUCCCCUCAUUAAGUUAGAAGCAUUGGUUAUUAGACAACUUAUAUUUGCAGUAGUGCCUAAGUAAACUAUUUUGAUUGCUUUUUGGGGAGGGAGCUUUAACUGAAAAGGUAGAAAUAGAUAAAUGCUGUUUCUACCUCUGAAAACAGAGUGAGGAAGUGGACUGGUUCUAGGAUCAGCAUGCGUGGCUUUUUGUUGACAAACAUUGCCUCACUUUGGAAUUCAUUUUAAUUUAUAAAGCACAAUAUAUGCAAUUCUAUUUAUUAAAUCUGUAGCUGCAAUAUGAAUAGAAGAUGUUUUUCAUGUAUAGUAGCAUCAAAGUUCAGGUUUACAGUUAGACUAACUGUAAAUACACUAGUCUCUUCAUUCAUGCACAGUACAUUAAGUGGAAUGUGGUUUAGGUAAUGUCCACACGAUGUUUUCAGGUACUACGUUGAAAACAGUAGUUAACUGUCAUCAUAGGUAAUAUAUUGCCUUGUAGUAGUUAGGAUUCAGGUAUAGAACAGCUUUAUUAUCUUCUAAAUGUGCUGUGGAAGCUGCUUCCACUGAAGGGAUCUGCAUACACAGCAGAUCUGGUUAUAACAAAACCAUCCUUGUUUAAAACUGGGAUUGCAUUUUUAAUCUUUUCCAAAUUAGUACACGAUUGCACUAUCAACUACAGCUGCUAAGGAAACACUCUCUUGCUUUCAAAUGUCCUGUCCAUUCCCAACCUGGAGUACCUGUACAUUUUCUUUGUUCUUGGUGGGGGAUUAAAUGGACAUAGGAGAAUCCAAUCCACUGUCACCAGAGAUGAGCGCUGCAGCCAUAGCACCCACUCCUUUCUCCCCUGCCAUGCCUCCAGUAUAUGAGUAAAUGGCACUUGUUUCCCUUCCAUGUACUAUGCAAAUACUGUUGUCCACUGCAUCCUUGACCACAUGGGCAAAAUCCUUUCCCCAGCCAGAUGUCAGUAUACCACUUUGGGCCUGCUUAAAAGUGGCUGUGAAAGCCUCUUUGGAUGGGUGGAGUGCCCUUUCCACAGCUGCUUUACAUGUGAGUCAAAUAUGGAAUUAUGUGACUUCUGGAGUGCAGAAAGUCUCACAGCACUUCUUUAGGUGGUGAUGCACUUCAUCUCAUAAGCUGUUUCCACUGCAGUAUCAAGCUGAGUUCUCAUCUAAUGUUUAUUUUGUACACAAUCAAAAAGCACAUAACCUAUACCAAAAAAGGUGCAUCAAGAACUCUUACCUCAGACGCUUCUUUAAAGUACCCCAAAGUUGAAACUAACAUUGAAUCUAUGAAAAUAGAACUGUUACUGAAGUCCAGAACAGAUGUAUCCUAACACAGAUCACGAUCUGUUAGCAGUGGUUUGAGUCCCAGUUACUUUGGUGCGUUGUCUCUUACAUGCAGUGCAGAAUUUCCCAUCCUCUGAUGUUGUAUUUGUUGUCUCAGUGGUUGCUAUGAAAAUGCUGCUUUGCCAUCAGUCUAGAAAGAUUAGUUUAGGAACAGUUUAUGAUGUGUUUGGGGAAGUGUGGGAUUCUUAUCAAGUUGAGUUUGAUGAUACUCGGGCAUAUCACGUGAACUUCCAGGACUCAAAAUCCUACAGCCCUGUGGUUCCGAAUUGGGAUUUCUUUUCUGGAUUCCCUGGCCUCUUUAAUUUGGCUCUAGGAUAACACCCCAUCCUUGGUCAAAAACAUCCAUAGGGAAAUGCUUUGUGAUUUUUGGAGUCCUGUCUCCCACCUCAUCACUUUCACUGAUUGAUGUGUUGCAGAAAGAAGAAGAUUCCUAGGGCUAGAGAAACAAAUGAAUUAUUUUUCUUUAUCAUAUUUUGUAGCUAGAAGUAAAAUAUUGUAUGGGAAAAUAUAUUUUCAUAAUCACUGUGUAUAAAAUAUAUUUGAACUUUCACUGAAGUACUAUGUUUUAAAUAAUCACUGCAUGGGGCAUCAUUCAUUUGCAGAUGAAUUUAAGGUACCUCUUUUGCUAUGACAGAGCUGUACGAACAGCCUCAAGUGGCGUAUUCAGAACAUGCAGGUUCCAGCCUAAUUCAAAUUGCAUUAAUAAAAAUGGGAAAUACA